CCGAAACGCAAUGGAACUCCUAACCAGCGCACCUGGAGCACCAUGAACAUCAUCGUCAACGAACACCUGCAGCUCCAGCACGUCCUCGGUACGAUGGAGACCAACGAUUCCUCGACGAUCGACGGCAACGCCACCUUCGUCGAUACCGAGCAAUUCAAGCGCAGGAAUUUCCGCGAAAUCGCCUUCUACACGGUGCUCUUCGUGGUCGCCGCCAUCGGCAAUUUGACCGUUUUCGUGUCGCUGUUGCGGUCCAGACGAAGGAAGUCCAGGAUCAGUCUGAUGAUUACCCAUCUCACCAUAGCCGAUUUGAUCGUCACGUUCAUCAUGAUACCGGGCGAGGUGAUCUGGCGGCUGACGGGGGUCUGGUUGGCGGGCAACGUGGCCUGCAAAGUUUUCCUCUUCCUGAGGGUGCUGGGCCCCUAUUUGAGCAGCAACAUAUUGGUUUGCAUAUCGUUAGAUCGGUAUUUCGCAGUGCUCUAUCCCCUGAGGGUGACCGAUGCCCGCCGAAGAGGCAAACUCAUGUUGUCUGUGGCUUGGAGCGCCUCUAUCGCGUAUUGCAUUCCGCAAAGCUUCGUGUUCAGCGUGCAAACGCACCCGGACAAUUCGAAUUUCACCCAAUGCGUUUCCUAUUAUUUCUUCUCGUCGCCGAGCCAGGAAACCGCCUACAAUUUCCUCUGCGUCAUCUUCAUGUACUUCCUGCCGCUCUCCGUCAUCACCGUCGCCUACACGGCCAUCAUGUGCGAGUUGUCCAGGAACUCCAAAAUCGUCCAAAACGAGUCUCUACCGUUGGCUGAUGGGAAAUUAAGGCUGAGGCGGUCGGCUGUGAGUAAUAUCGAAAAGGCGAAAAGUCGCACUUUGAAAAUGACCAUUACUAUAGUGGCUGUAUACGUGGCCUGUUGCACCCCAACGGCCAUCAUGACUUUGUGGUACAUGGUGGACAGGACGAGCGCCGAAGGAGUCCCCGACUGGUUGCAGGAGUUCUUCUUCAUCAUGGUGGCCACCAACAGUUGCAUGAAUCCCAUAAUAUACGGCAGCUACAUCAUCAAAUGCAAUCGCACCUGCCAGAACGCCUCGCAGGCGCACAGGAAACCCAACGAAAAUUUGAACGAUGGGGAAAUUCGAUCGACCUACGCGAGUAAGGACGUCGUCAGGAGACUAUUGAAGUGCUUCUUGCGUCACGGGAAAGACGGAUCGGCGACAACGAAGAGCACCGCGGCGAAGAAAACGAACGCCCUGUAUAAAAACGAGUCGCUGGCUUUGUGCAAGAUCGGCCAAUCGCAGCAGAAGGAGGAUCGUACCCACUCGGGGGAUUACCCGCCGAGCGCGGCGCGCGUCAGCUUCGCCGAGAGCACCGCGUCCAACCACAGCCAGGGCUUGUCCUACUACAGCGAGCCGUUGACGAAUCAGCUGGGGCUGGGGAGCGCGCCCGUCGAGUGCAAGCGCUCCCAGCCCGAUUUGUGCACCACCACCAGUCUGGUGAUGAACGUGCACCAGGUGAAGGUGCAGUACCACCGGCGGGGGGAUCAACGCAACGAGUUGUUCAUGUAGACUAUUGCGCGGUGGCUGGAUGAUAAACUGUUUCGAGGCCUCGGUUCGAUUUUAUUCGAUGCUUCGAUAUUUUUGUAAUACUAGGAUCGGUGUUUUUGAAUCUCGUGAUGUUGAUUGAGUGGAAUAAUACAGGAAUUAUGUUUUAUAUUUGUAAAAAAUGCCUGUGAUGUUUAUUGUAAUUUAUUAUGUCUAUUGUUA